CUUUCAUUUUGUGCAAAACAAACUUCAUAAAUCCCAAAAAUGGUCAAAUCGAUGUUAGUUGCACUCUUUCUGCCGGCGCUGGUUUAUGGAGUCGCUGUAAGACCAUGUCCUAACGGAGCUCCUGUGCCGCAGGAAGUGCGAGUAGUCGGAUGCACCGUGGAACCCUGCAUCGUACAGAUCGGUGGCGUGGUCGAUAUGGACCUAGAUUUCAUUGCACCUCGGGCUUCUAAUACCAUGCGUGCCACACUGGACAUUUUUCUCGGUGAUUUCCGCGUACCAUAUGACCUUCCGGUGGCGCAGCAAAACGCGUGCAACUUCCUAGAAGCCGGUAGCUGCCCGGUGGCGCAGGGCGAGUUCAUCAACUACCAUCUUAGCACGCCAGCUGUGGCCCCGUUCGCCGGCAUCACGGUCGAUCUGCAGCUUCAGCUGAGUGACGAUAAUGGCCAGCCGUUGAUUUGCUACCGGUCGUCGGCAACCAUCAUUGCCGCUUGA